AUGGGGAAUUACAAAGGGGCAGAGGAGAAAGAACGGGAAAACGGAGACGACGAAGAUGAGGCAUUAUCGCUGUGUGAUCUUCCAAACAAACAGGAGAAUCAGUCCAAGAAAGAAUCUCCGGCUAGCGGCGGCGGCGGGGAAGAGGAGUUUGAUUUCUGCUCGUGGGGUGGGGGGUCGUUGAAGGAAUCGGAGAUGUGCGCUGCGGAUGAAGUGUUUUUCCGGGGACAGAUUUUGCCCCUCCGCCAUUCCAUCAGCUCCGACGGCGCCGGAAUCCGCUGCAAUUCCAUGGACCGGUGCCAUUCCGCCGGGUACACCACCGCCAGCAGCAGAAGUAGCAGCACCAGAAGCCACCAAUCCUCUAGCAGCGCCGCCUCAUCGAUUACCACUACCCCGCACCGUAAAAUCCGGAAUCAGUUCCAAUACUCCCAGCCCAGCCCGACCCCCCAGCUUCGAUUCUCGAAGAUUCCACACGCCAAUAAUAACUACGCCGCCCGCAAUUCCACCCUCUGGAGCCUCUUCCGCGUCGGCCUCGUCACAAUGCCCGAAAUCGGAUCCCACAGCUUCAGAGCUCGAAACAGAGACAACGACAACAACAAUCGUAACAACCUUGUCCGUAGCAGCAGCAUUAACGUAAGCAACGCCGACGACACCAAACCCAACAUUACCCAGAAGCUGAAGCAGAGAUUUUCAGACAAAAACCUCGUCUUUUUCGACACCUGCAAGUGCUCUUCCAAUUCCAUCCAAACAAUCCCUUCCCCAUCCGCCAAGAAGAAAAACAAGAAAAACACAAAACAACAAGCAACAACAGGGAAGCAAACCGUGUCACGUAUCCGAACGUUUGAAUGGUUAAAACAGCUUUCACUAGAAGCUGAAGGUGCCGCCACACAACCACUGAAUAAUUAA